AUGAUGAUGAGACAGCAAAACCACCGCAGAGAUAAUGCACGGCGGAAAGAGAAAGGAGGCAGCGUAAAGGGGAAGCAUAAUGACAGCAAUGGACUCAGGGAUCCAACAGCUUUUUCUCUUUUGUGCUUCUCUUUUUUCCCGGGAUUCAGGCUUCGGAGAGAGGGAUACACGGUCCAAGUCAGCGUCAACGACUACCUGGACAUCUACUGCCCGCACUACAACAGCAGUCAGCGGGGGGCGCUGGAGCGGAGCACGGCCGAGCAGUACAUCCUCUACAUGGUCAGCUACCGCGGCUACCGCACCUGUGACCCCCAGCUGGGGUUCAAGCGCUGGGAGUGCAACCGGCCCCACGCCCCCCACGCGCCCAUCAAGUUCUCCGAGAAGUUCCAGCGCUACAGCGCCUUCUCCCUGGGCUACGAGUUCAACGUGGGCCAGGAGUAUUACUACAUCUCCACGCCCACUCACCACCACGGCCACAGCUGCCUGAGACUGAGGGUCUACGUCUGCUGCUCCACUGCCUCCCAGGCAGAUGACGACUCCAGUCAGACUUCUCCAGAAUACACAGUCAGGCCAAACAUCAAAAUACACAACAUUGAUGAGUUUAACCCUGAAGUCCCUAAGCUGGAGAAAAGCGUCAGUGGCAGCAGUCCGUCACGCGACCGCCUUCUUCUCACCGUGGCAACGCUGCUGGUGUCCGCCAUCCUGUUGUCCUAGCGACUGUCACACAGUGGCGCCUCACGCAUAACUGGACCGCCUUGUCCAAAGGGCUUCAUAUCCACCGAGUUUUUCAUGAUGCGAUAUUUGGCAAGAAGCGAAGAAGAGAGUCGAUAAGAAGUGCGACAGUUAGGAACCAUGACAGAGACUCCAAAAAAGAAAAAUGUCAUGGACUUCAAAAAGAGAGGCCUUUUUGCUGUCAUAAUCACACGUGUGUAUCUUGAUGCGCCAUGUGUUGUUGGACAUUCAUCACAUGACUACAUUUCUUUCAGGUGUGGUGACCACAUGGAAAUUACAACCGAUACUCAGAAUCAGACUUCUAUACUGCUCUCUGAAAGGAUGUAGGUCAGACUCGUGAUGAUACAGAUGCAGUUUUACACGCUUGUAGCAUGGGAUAUAUAAAAAAAAAAAAAGACACUUAGGGAUUUUAGGCAACACGGUCGGUUGCUGAUGAAGGCAUGGCUGUAGUUAGUGUUAGCCUCGGAGAUAAUGGCAAACAUGGACUCUGCUGUGGAUGCUGUGGCCUUGGACCGUGGAUCCAACAUGAUUAAACAGUAUACCCAGCUUUGAUGUUGUGAAGGGAAAGACGGACUCAGAAAAAGUGUCCCGGUCGUGCCCGGGCCCGACAGGACACUGGUGUAAACCGGUGAAUGGCGAGAACUGUCGCCAUUGUUCUGGACACUGAAGAAUGUUUUUACACUGAUGUGUUGCGACUGGAGGUGAAAAGAGAUCAAGGAAAGAGAACGACUUUGAUAGGAUAUCCAUGGCCCUUUCGAUUAUCAAUUUUUUCAGGCAUUACGGACAACCCCGGCUUUGUGACGGGUGCUGAAGCAAAGCCUUUCUUUGGAGGGUAAGCAGUGCCCUCUGUGAACUAGUCUUUUGUCUGCAUUUCCUGCCUUCACAAUGUACCAACCAUAGAAAAAUACAGACCCUUGACUAGUCAUUUGAUGGCACUUAGACACAGUAAAAGUGGUAGAUGUGUACUUUGUUCCACUGCAUUUGCUUUCAACACUUGGCGGAGGGUCCGGGCGAUCUUCUGGUAGCAAUCGGCACAGUCAUUGAGAAUGCCUCCAAUUUGCAUUUGCUCAAAACCUUUGUAAGCAGCAAGCCCCCCUUUUACUCCUAGACUGUUCCCUUUCCACCUCAGAGGUCCGCAGCCGGCCAGCGCUGAUGGCCACUAUAGCAGUCACCCUCACCAUGGAAACGACCCCUUACCGUCGCCAAAGUGCGGCAGGUGCCUGAGAAGAAAUUGUGCUUUGAGUCUCAAAGUAACGCUGCCGUCAUUUUAUUAAAAAUUGAAAAAAAAAAACAAGUGAAAAAAAAACGUAUGAAUGUGACAAUAAGGAGAGGUUAACUUUUUUUAUACUGUAAUACUGGACAGUGUAGGCAAGGUGUUAAUCAGAUUACAACGUUGUGCUAUUCUAAUUUAUUUACCGUUCAAAUGUAUUUAUUUUAGCAUUAAAGCAUCUUAUUUAUCUACAUAACUUAUUAGCGUGCAUUUGUAGGCCUUUGCUCAAUAAGCUAUUGUGCCAUUUUUUUUAACGACUUUUUUCUUUUUUUUAAACAGUGGAAUUUUUACCGCAGCAUUUGCUUGUAUAGAUAAAAUAGAUGUAAUUCAGCCUGACUUAAAGAGAGGGUUAUUGGUUAUGGCUAAUCA